UGAAUUUAAAGGGCCCGCUGCCUUGUCGAAGUUGGUUUGAAAGUAAGAGAGUGGUUGUUUGUGGACCGCGUUUUGUCAUGGGACCUGUGCGUUUGGGGAAGUUGUUUUUCAUUUUGGCCGUGUUCGGGGCUUGGUCUGGAACGCCGAAGGAGCAGGACGAUGACUCAGAACGCUUGCCCAGCAAAUGCGAAGUCUGUAAGCUGCUGAGCCAGGAGCUACAGGAGAAGCUGAGCCACACUGGCCGAUCUCGAGAAGUGCUGGAGCUGGGGCAGGUGCUGGACACAGGCAAGAGGAAGAAACACAUCCCUUACAGCGUUUCGGAGACAAGACUGGAAGAGGCCUUGGAGAAUUUAUGUGAGCGGAUCCUGGAUUAUAGUGUUCAUGCUGAACGCAAGGGUUCACUGAGAUACGCGAAGGGCCAGAGUCAGACCAUGGCAGUGCUGAGAGGCCUGGUUCAGAAGGGGGUGAAGGUGGAUCUGGGGAUACCCUUGGAGCUGUGGGACGAGCCCAGUGUGGAGGUCACGUUCCUCAAGAAGCAGUGUGAAACGAUGCUGGAGGAGUUUGAAGAUGUUGUGGGAGACUGGUACUUCCACCACCAGGAGCAGCCCCUACAGCAUUUUCUCUGUAAAGGGCAUGUGCUUCCAGUUGCAGAAACUGCGUGUCUAGAGGAAGCUUGGACUGGAAAGGAGAAGAUCACAGAUGGACAAGAGAAAACAGAAGGGGAGGAGGAGCAUGAAGGGGAGGAGGAGCAUGAAAAGGAGGAAGAAGAGAUAACCGAGACACCAGGCCACCCUAAGCAUGACCCAGAGGACCUUUGACCCUUGUCUUUGAGCCCCAGAAAGGGGAGGAGUCAUGGAGAAGACUCUUCCGACGUCUGAGCUUUCCCUGCCCCACAGCUUUAAGGCCGUGUGUUGUGUGUGAGUGACCCGUGCCAGAGCUUGUAGCUGUUCUCUGCUAUCUGAUCCUAGGCAGGAUCCUGGUGGCAUAGCAUGGCAUACUAUGGGGAGACGGUGGGAGCAGCAGGUUGCAGUCCUGCCCCAACAGAUGGGCCCUCUGCAUGCCAUCCAGCACCUUAAAUGGCAGGUGUGUGUGCUGACGAUAUCCAAGGCUUUCCCCUUUAAAUAUCUCUACUACCCCCAUAGGUCAGCAGUGACUUUGGGGCUGUGGGCCUUGGGAAAGUCACUUUGCCUCUCUGGGUCUCAGUUUUUAGACCCUUACAGGAACAUCCCAGAAUAGAGAUUCUCUACUACCUAUUCACACUGUGUCCAAGAGGCGCUACGUGCCAGCAAACUGAACAAAAAUGAGAUCCUGGAUAGGGAUGAGGUGAUGCUAAAUUAGGCAGGUAGAUAUUUGGUCUACUUCGUAUUAAUUUCACCAAGGGCCCACCAUAUAAUUUCAUAAGUACCACAUUUUCUAAAUCGCUAUUAAACUUAUAUAUAUAUAUAUAUGUAUCAGCUGGGCCUAAGGUUUCAAAUAACUCCCUCUGUACACUGCCAUGCACACAUUAUGCCUGGUUGAUAGGGUGGCACCCAGAGAAUAGUGCUGUUGGCCACCGCCCUGUUAAAAACUAAUGGUGCUGAGCUGUCGUUCUCCUGCCCAAGUCCUGUGCUGCCUGGGCUCUGCAGCAUCUCGACCCACUGACACUGGUGAUCUGGCAUGGGAUGGGAGACAGCUGUUGUAAACCCUUAAGCAUGGAUGUUGUUAAAAAAAAAAAUGGUUGAAAAGAAAAUACCUGGAAUUUAUAUCUUGUCUUUGGAGACUGGGAAGACA